AUGGUCAUUAAAAUGAUCAUUCUCAUUAUUGGACUUCUCAAUGCAUUCACACCUCAGAAAUCACUAGAAGAUUUCCAAGAUGUAUACUUGGUAAUGGAAUUGAUGGAUGCAAAUCUGUGCCAAGUUAUCCAGAUGGAUUUGGACCAUGAAAGAAUGUCCUAUCUUCUAUAUCAGAUGCUAUGUGGUAUAAAACAUUUACAUUCUGCUGGAAUAAUCCAUAGAGAUUUAAAACCAAGUAAUAUUGUAGUUAAAUCAGAUUGUACAUUAAAAAUUCUUGACUUUGGACUUGCAAGGACAGCUGGAACAACGUUUAUGAUGACUCCUUACGUAGUAACAAGAUACUAUCGUGCACCUGAAGUUAUACUUGGAAUGGGCUAUAAAGAGAACGGUUUGUAUAAAAUUAAUUAUAUAAAAUAUUUGUUAAUACCUGUGUAGUGAUGAGUAUUGUAG